AUAUUGGGAACAACUCGUUGGCUUUUGGUGACUGCGCAUUAUUUUUGUACUGCCCGAAAACACAUGUGCAAGGAAGAAGAAGAACAAUAACAUUUGUGUUUCCCACUAGACGUCGCAGUUUUUGGUUAAAUUGUUGGCCUUUGUUCCGCCGCGAGAUGUCGCACAUUGAUAACAUCUUUACCCAGGUCCGCGCACGCCUCCAAGCCGAAGGCGUAAAGCUGUGGGAGGAGCCAUAUUUCUCGGAAGGCCUCGGAUGUAUCGAAGCCGCGAUGGAGAACCUAGCUGCUGAGUACGGUCGUUUUCUGGGUAUCGCUUCCGAUCGCUGCUAUUUCGUGCUCACCGAACUCCAGGACAAUGCGCUUCGGAAACUGGCCGCUCGCCGUGAAUUUAACGCCACCGGAUUGGCCACGUUCAAGGUGCGGCGCGUUGACAAUGGAGGUGGGGGCGGCACCACCACAAUGCAGGACAUUAAGUGCGACCUUAACGCCUUUGGGUCCGAUCUACAGGCAGCAAUCGCGGCAAAGCUGCAAUUGCAGGACGCAAAUCAUGUCAAAUGCAUUGCAGCCGGAAAGAUGGUGGCCUCCAAUGCCACACUUGCCUCCCAGCAGCUUAAGAACAACCAGCAGCUGAUCGUGAUCGUGACCGGCAGGGGCGAUAAUCAGAAUGAAGCUCUCUACGAGAGAAUCAACAGAAUCAAAGCCGACGUAGAGGCAGUGGUAUCAUCCCAGAAUCAGCUAAUGGAGAUGGAGGACCAGAAUGGUAGUCCCGUUUUUCUGCCGCCAGACGAGAAUCGGGCUCUGCUCAUCGGUUUGGGGUUCUGCGAGAAGGCGAAGGUGGCGAUGCAGCGCGAGGAUUUCGAGGAGGCGUUGCUCCUUCUCUUGGAGGCCGACGAGCGCUUUGCCACAUGCAACUCGCAGUUCCUCGAGAAGGUGGACAAUUACGCUCUCCUCAACCUGGACAUAGUGUGGUGCUAUCUCUGCCUGAAGAACGUCACACAGCUUCCGGAUGCGGAGCGCCGUUUGGCAAUCUGUACACGCAGUUUUCGGCGCAGCUACGGCGAAAACUUUGAGAGACUGUAUUCGUUAAAGGGCAAGGCCUGUCCGGAAAGAGCUUUGCUUAUGCGUCUGAAGCUGCUUCAGGGCGUUGUGCUAUUCCAUCAAAAUCUUCGGGACGAGGCAUUUGAGCAUUUCGAAGCUGCUUCUGCUUUGCUGAGGGAAUUGAAGGUUAACGAGGAGGAGCUGACUAUGCUGGUGGAAAUGGGCUUCGAGGUGAGUGAGGCCCGCUUGGCCCUGCGCUCUUCUUCGAGCGGUGGCGGUAGCGGUGGUAAUGUGCAGCGGGCCGUACAGUUCAUCCACGAGCGACGCCAACAGCUAAAGGAUGCCCGCAAUCAAUCAAAGUCGGAGCGAUCCCUGAACCGUCGAAUGUCCAAUGUCAAAGACAGUGGGGACUGGGUAAAUCCUCGCAGCGUUUGCACCCUUACCAAUAUGGGCUAUGAUCGUCGACUGGCCGCUCUGGCUCUGAAGCGAUCCAAUAACGACAUUCCCCAGGCGGUGGAUCUUUUGCAAUCACAAGCUGACGAGCUAAUGGCCGCACUGCCGAAAAGGAGUGUUUCCGUCGAUACCGACCAGCUGGCUCAGCUUCGCCAGCUAGGUUUUGACGAAGACUCGGUGCGUGCGGCUCUCGAGAGCACAAGUAACAACUUAGAGCGGGCUAUAGAGUUCCUGCUGCGCGCCUUUCGCAGCGAAGGGGAGCUCAAGGAAGCUAUGGAACGGGUCACCGAUCUGGCCAAUAAUGAAGGCGAUGGGCCCUCUACCUCGAACUCCAAUCCAACGCCUCCGGCCAUCAUCGAGUCUGUUCUCCGACAGGCGCGUGCCGAAAUGGAGACUUACAAGGCGUACCAGCGAUUCAACGCCGAUCUAAGCCAGAACGAUCAGGACUACUUGGAUCUGCCGCUCGUACAGGAGGAGCAUAUCCUGGCUGAGUACCGUAACCUGUUAACCCAGUGAUGUCGAGUCGUCUUUAACUUUGUUAAAUGCCAGAAAUGUAAUAUACAAUUAAAUAACAAGAUUUUCUAUUA